CUCAAACUCUUCCCAUUCGCUGAGAAGACUUUGGUCGGCGAGAGAGGCGUGUCGUUGAGUGGCGGACAGAAGGCCAGAAUCACGUUAGCCCGUGCCCUCUAUAAUGACGCCGACGUCUACCUAUUGGACGACCCGUUGAGUGCAGUCGACAGCGAAGUCGCGAAUCAUAUCUUUGAAAAAUGUAUUUCAGGAUAUUUACGGCAAAAGACAGUGAUUUUAGUGACACAUCAAAUACAGUUCAUACGGAAGGCGUCGAAAAUACUGGUCAUGAAAGAGGGCCAACCCGUGGCCGUCGGCUCUUACCGUCAACUCAUGGAUUCGGGCAUUGAUUUCAUGUCUUUAAUCAAAGAGGAGAAGAGUGUUGAACACAAUGUGGUUAACGAAGAAGUGAUGGUUAAGAGUCCGAUCGCAGAACAGUUCAGGACUCGUACCAUAAGUGUUAUGUCCGCCCACUCGGAGAUGGCCGAAGAGUUCACUGACCAAAAGGUUGACGAAGAAACCAAAGCCAUGGGUGGUAUCAAUGCUCGCGUGUAUUGGGAUUACAUCAAAGCCGGUGCGGGUCCUGUGCUCUUGACCUUCAGUCUCGCCUCAACGCUCGUAUCGCAAGGACUCCAGCACUACAGCGAUGUCUGGCUUUCGGAAUGGGCCAAUAGAGAGGACGCCGUGAAGAACAAGACGGCCAGCGGUAAUGGCGAUCGGGAUGAGAGCCAUAACGUGAUGGUAUACUCGAUACUAAUCGCUACCAUAUUUGUGACACUACUGGUCCGGUCGGGCACUUGGUUUGUGAUGUGUAUCCGCGCGUCAGUCAAUCUCCAUAACAGCAUAUUCUUCCGACUCAUGCGAACGCCUAUAGCCUUCUUCGACAACAAUCCCGUCGGCCGAAUACUGAAUCGAUUCACUAAAGACAUCGGUGUUGUCGACGAACAGUUGCCCGCAGUUUCCUAUGAUCUCAAUCUAAUCUUCACUCAGAUAAUUGGAUCGGUAGUAGUGGUGGCGUUAGUCAACCCGUAUCUCAUAAUACCCGCCAUUUUCUUAUUGGCCUUAAUUUGGAUCAUUCGAUGG